GGCGGGGACUGGAGGGGGGCGCCCUGUGCGGUCCCGGUCCCGGUCCCCGGCGUCCGAGCUCCUCUGCAGCACAGCGCCGGGCACAUGGAGCCUUCCUUGGAGUCAGGGCCCAGAGUCCCCCCGGCCACCUCCGAGCGCCGCGGUCUGCGCUGCCCGCUGCUGUCCGGCUUCCGAGAGGAGCUGCUGGCGCUCAUAAUCUUGGCCGGUCCCGCGUUCCUGGCCCAGCUCAUGGUGUUCCUGAUCAGCUUCAUCAGCUCUGUAUUCUGCGGCCACCUGGGCAAGCUGGAACUGGAUGCCGUCACACUGGCAAUUGCGAUUAUCAACAUCACUGGCAUUUCUGUGGGACAUGGCUUAUCUUCUGCUUGCGACACCCUCAUCUCCCAGACUUAUGGGAGCCAGAACCUGAAGUACGUGGGGGUGAUCCUGCAGAGGGGCACGCUCAUCCUGCUGCUGUGCUGCAUCCCGUGCUGGGCACUGUUCCUCAACACCCAGCACAUCCUGCUGCUCUUCAGGCAGGAUCCAGAUGUGUCCAGGCUUACCCAUGCCUAUGUCAUGAUCUUCAUUCCAGCUCUUCCGGCAGCCUUUCUUUACAUAUUACAAGUUAAAUACCUGCUCAACCAGGGAAUCGUUCUGCCCCAGAUUGUGACUGGAAUUGCAGCCAACCUUGUCAAUGCCUUUGCCAACUAUAUAUUUCUCUAUCAGCUACACCUUGGAGUGAUGGGUUCUGCGCUGGCCAAUACCAUUUCCCAGUUCACCCUGGCUCUUCUCCUCUUUCUCUACAUCCUCUGGAGAAAACUGCAUAAAGCCACUUGGGGAGGCUGGUCCCUCGAGUGCCUGCAGGACUGGGCCUCCUUCCUGCACCUGGCCAUCCCCAGCAUGUUCAUGCUGUGCAUUGAGUGGUGGGCCUACGAGAUCGGGAGCUUCCUGAGUGGUGUCCUCGGCACUGUGGAGCUGGGAGCACAGUCCAUCGUGUAUGAGCUGGCUGUCAUUAUGUACAUGAUCCCUACAGGCUUCAGUGUGGCUGUCAACGUCCGGGUAGGAAACGCAUUGGGUGCUGGAAACAUCGAACAGGCGAAGAAAUCCUCGGUGGUUGCCGUGCUGCUCACAGAGCUCUUUGCUGCAAUCUCUUGUGUCCUGCUGUUAGGCUGUAAGGACGUUGUGGGGUACAUUUUCACUACCAACAGAGACAUCAUUGCUCUGGUGGCUCAGGUGGUCCCAAUUUAUGCCGUGUCCCACCUCUUUGAAGGUCUUGCCUGUACAAGUGGUGGCAUCCUGAGGGGAACAGGAAACCAGAAGAUUGGAGCCAUUGUUAACGCCGUUGGGUAUUAUGUGAUUGGUCUUCCCAUUGGGAUUGCACUGAUGUUUGCGACUGAGCUUGGAGUGGUUGGUCUGUGGUCGGGGAUCAUCAUCUGCACUGUCUCUCAGGCUGUGUGUUUUCUGGCCUUCAUUGCUCGGCUCAACUGGAAACAAGCCUGUCAGCAGGCUCAAGUCCAUGCCAACUUGAAGGCAAAUAUGGUUCCCAACGAAAAUUCUACUGUCUCUCAAGAUCCAGCUCACCCGGUGGGUCCUGAAAUUCAUGGAGAGAUUGUAAUGACAGAUAUAGAAAAGAAAGAGGAGACUCAACUGGAACAACAGAAAGAGGAGACUCAACUGGAACAACCACCUCUGCCGGCCCAUACAAAGGACACCAAAUUGUCUUGGAAACAGUUGGUGCUGCGGCGAGGGCUCCUGCUCCUUGGGGUCCUUUUAGUCUUGCUUGCGGGGAUUUUAGUGAGAGUGUAUGUCAAGAUUCAGUGAUGUGUGUGAGAGGGGCAUUCACUUGUCCAGGCCCAAAGAAUGGACUUUUAGGGACAAUUCUUCAUUCUUGCAAGAAUGCAGUGCCAACCCAUGGAACAGACUGACACACCAUGGGUGUUGGAGGAAUCCGUGCGCAACAAACCUGAACCCUUCCCCUCCUUACGUGCAGUUCUCUCCUCCUUUCCUCACUGGCUGUCUAUUGAAAGUUCAAGUCUGUUUGAUAGAAAUGUCUUCUUUACCCUGCUCCUUGUUAAGGCAAUUUGUGGGUUUCUAAAAGCAAGUGAUUAAACUAUAGGGAGUAACUUCUUCACUGGUAGUUCUUUUGCAGAGUUAGCAUAGAGUUCCAUUCUUAUUUACCCCUUUUCACUUUUGUUUAGAAACCCUUUCAAAUGCAUGACUGCAGCAGACCAUUUAAAAUCUGUUUUACAUGAGGCAAGAUGCAGGUCAAAUGAUACAGUAGGGGUUACCUCCCGAGAAGCCCAUCAGAAGGUGAAAAUAUCCUAAAUCAGGGCUAGUGGUGUAGCACAGUAGUAGAGCAUGUGUUCAGGAUGCUGAAGGCCCUCAGUUCAAUUCCCAGCGCCACCACCACAACAAUAAAAAGGAAGAAAAAAAAUUGUUGACAAUGCAUUUAAUACAUCUUACCUAGAAAGCAUCCUAGUUUAGCAGCUGUACCACAGAUUGUCCAUUGUCUCCAGGACUGAAUCACUGUCCUGGGGUUGUGGCUGUUUGUCUGGCAUCCUGAGAGAGGAUUGUAGUGCAUAUUGUUACCCUGGGAAAAGCUCAGGGUACUUUUCAAGUUUGAAGUACAUUUUCUACUAUGUUUAGCCCUUAAAAUUCAGACCAUCUUAAGUUAGGGACCACUUGUACUUUUGAGCUUAUAGAAAAAUAAUUCAUCGGCUCAGUAACGACAGUUUUCAGCUAAUGUAAUUCAGCUAUGCCUAUGGAUCUUUAAGAACUGAGUAUUCAAAAAAAUUUUAAUGAAGAAAAAGAACUAAGGUAAAUAUUAUAUUUUGGCCCAAGACAGUGUGUGAAAGGUGAUGCUAGUGGAAUAAUCCACCCACCACAGUCCCAACCAUGGAUCACUGUGUGUCUAUGGCCUGCCUAUUUCUCAUGCUUGCUGUUUUCUAGGACACAAACUUAUAUACAAAUUUUAAUUAAUUAAUUAAUUAACUAAUUAUUUUU